CUCCGUCCACGAUACAAAUUUCUAUAUACAGGAGGAAGGAGCGGUGUUUUGCUAUUUUCAAGUGUUGGCUGAAACUUCAAGUUGCCGAGGGGAGUAGCUCGUUUCGCUAGCUAGCCGGGUCACAAACUGAGCCAGAUCCUGUGUUUUUUCGUCCAUUCUAAAGAUUGAGACUACUGGAAUUUGUUUGUCUUCGCAGAAGAGGAUGAUGAGGAGGAUAGUCGCUCUUUUCCGAAUGGAUUUCACUCAUUGGGAAGACAGAGAUCAGUGGCUGCGGUCGCCCUUCUUAUUCUGAACUCGCCUUGUGGGAGACUGGAAGAAGCAUGCACCUCCGCAACCUUACACAGUUGGUUUGUGAAUAAAAACUGUCCUUUUUUGAUGCGAACGAAAAGAAAAUGGUGAUUUUUGCGGUUCGUUUCCCCGCCUUGACUGCGUCGUCGAUGCUGUUUCCAGGAUUUGGAUCCCCGUGAGAAAAAAAUGAGCGAAGAAUCGGCAAAUCCAAACAACGAUGACAGUUAUGCGCGUGUGAGAGCAGUGGUCAUGACUCGGGAUGACUCCAGUGGCGGAUGGCUGCCUCUGGGAGGUGGAGGCCUCAGCUGUGUGUCAGUCCACAAAGUCAGCCGGCCAGACACGGACAACUCCAGCGGUGUGGAUUUCCUCAUCCAGGGGGAGCGUCUCAAAGACAAAUCGGUUGUGCUGGAGUGUAACAUAAAGAGGGACCUGGUAUACAACAAAGUCACCCCUAUCUUCCACCACUGGAGGAUUGAUAACAAGAAGUUUGGACUGACUUUCCAGAGUCCAGCUGAUGCAAGGGCCUUCGACCGGGGUAUACGGCGAGCCAUGGAGGACAUUAAACAAGGCUGUCCGAUGUACAGUGACUCAGACACUCCUGAGGAUGGAUUACAGGUUAACCAGGAUCCCCCUUCCAUUUACACACCCAUGAGAGAACCAUUCUCCCAUCAUGGUGGAGUGGUGUCCACUGAGCCUUUCCGUGGCUGUUAUGUGCGUACCCAGCCCUUUGAUGAGUUCCCCAGCCCCAACCGCCGCUACCUGCCUCCUCAGGUCUCUUUCAACACCACACGCCACGUAAGCUUUCACAUGGAUGAUGAGGAGGUCGUUCGCAUCAACCCCCGCAAGGACGUUCUUAUCCGGGGCUAUGAGGACUACCGGCACCCCGUCAUGUGGAAGCAAGACAUGGAGCGAGACGAUGGGGAUUUCUCCACCACCUUUUCCAAACUGGACAACAAGAAAAGUGAGUACUUGUUUCCGGAAGGCCCGGAAGCUCACACGGGCGGCAAAGACUCCAUCAAAACCCAGCAGCCCUCUCCUCUCCUCAAGUCCAAGAAGUCCCGGAGGCGCAGAGAGGACGGGGAGCGCUCACGCUGCAUUUACUGCCGCGAGAUGUUCAACCAUGAGGAUAACUGGCGGGGUCAGUGCCAGGACGCGCCGGACCCCAUAAAGCAGUGCAUUUACAAGGUCAGCUGUAUGCUGUGCGCUGAGAGCAUGCUCUACCACUGCAUGUCUGACUCAGAGGGUGACUUUUCGGACCCAUGCUCUUGCGACACCAGUGAAGAGCAGUUCUGCCUGCGCUGGCUGGCCUUGCUGGGCCUGUCCCUCAUCGCGCCCUGCAUGUGUUGCUAUCCUCCCCUGCGGGCCUGCCACCACUGCGGAGAGGCCUGCCACUGCUGUGGGGGGAAACACAAGGCCGCUGGAUGAGUCCAGCCAUGCUACACCUCCAACACCACACGGCCACGUGGAAAACCGCCGGCAUCGUUUUUUUCAUUCACCCUCAGAUAGGUGAGGUGUUCUCCCACCCGCCUCUGGAGGCUUUGGAGAUUUGAUUUGGCUGAGAGCAGCGGAAGCCGACACCUUCAGGUCUUCUCGGGCUCUCGAGAGCUGCGUCACGGAGCUCAUAACGUGAGGAAAGGCGUUUACAAAAUGAACUAGGAGAGAUCACUAAACACUCACAAACAUGCAAAAAGACAAAAAAAAAGAUGAAAAAAAAAUAAUCACUCAACAUAGAAUACAAGUCACCAUGUCAGACUGUCAUUACAGAUAACGUGUAACCUUUGUGAAGGAAUAUUGUCUUUUGUACAGAGAUCAAAACUAUAACAAAGAAAACAAAAUAGUUGUGCAUACAGAGAAUCUGCUGUAUGGGUAUGCUAAAAGGGAUAUUUUCUUGCUUUUUGUGAAUUUGCAGUAGGGUAAAAGUGGCCUUUUCUUUCGACUCGAGCAUUCGCUGACCGUGUAAUUAUUAGACAAAAAAAGUGCACUAGAUAUGUUUUCUCCCAUGAAAGGUAACCCUCAUGAAUUCUAAUGGUACGUUUAACUAAAAAAGGAAAACACUUUGAUCAAGUUCUAGGAGUACAGAUUUUUUUUGUGAUGGGUGUGUAUGCAGUUAGUUUUUCCCUCCUUUCUUUUCACUGUUUUGCAAAAGACAGUAACGUCAUUUCUUUUUUGAAAUGGUAGUGUGACAUAUAGCCUUUUGUUAUGAAUUGUGCUAAUGUUUAAAAGACAUCCAUCUGUAAUUGGCUAAAUUAUUUGGACCGCAUGGGUGCAUUCCAGUAUUGAGUGAUUGUGGACAGCUGUGAUACGUCAUCUAUCCCCAGUCAUUUUCCAUGUCAAGAUUAAUGGUGUUAUAUUACAGUUGAUUGAGAGACCAAUUGCAGGAAUGCUCGUUUUUGCUUUCAAUUUCAUCUCGUUUAUCGGAGUGAAACUGGGUUCUUUUCAGCUUCUUAACGGUUUUCAAGCUGAAAUUGUGCUCAACCAGCAAGUUUUUUUCUUUUCUUUUUUUUUAAUUGACAUGGUACAUUUAGGCAUUAUUAUGAUUAUGGAUAAAAGGGUGUCCAGUUUUCAUUAUUAAACAAGGCACUUAUAUUAUUA